AUGAACGCGAGCGUCUCUUCGCUCAACGACUCCCAGGUGGUGGCAGUGGCGGCCGAGGGUGCGGCGGCAGCGGCCACCGCAGCAGGAGCGCGGGACACCGGUGAAUGGGGACACCCGGCAGCCGCAGCGGCGGCGGCGCUGGCGAGCGGCGGCGCAGCUAAUGCGUCGCUGGAGUUGUCUUCGCAGCUGCCAGCGGGGCCGCCGGGGCUGCUGCUGUCCGCAGUGAAUCCAUGGGACGUACUGCUCUGCGUGUCUGGGACGGUGAUCGCAGGCGAAAAUGCCCUGGUAGUGGCGCUCAUCGCGUCUACCCCUGCGCUGCGCACGCCCAUGUUCGUGCUGGUGGGCAGCCUGGCCACCGCCGACCUGCUGGCGGGCUGCGGUCUCAUCCUGCACUUCGUAUUCCAAUACGUGGUGCCCUCAGAGACCGUGAGCCUGCUCACUGUGGGCUUCCUUGUGACCUCGUUCGCUGCCUCAGUCAGCAGCCUGCUGGCCAUCACGGUGGACCGCUACCUGUCCCUCUAUAACGCACUCACCUACUACUCGCGACGGACCCUGCUGGGCGUGCACCUCCUCCUUGCUGCCACCUGGACUGUGUCCUUAGGCCUCGGGCUGCUGCCGGUGCUCGGCUGGAACUGCCUGGCGGAGCGCACCGCUUGCAGCGUGGUGCGCCCGCUGACGCGCAGCCACGUGGCGCUGCUCUCUGCCACCUUCUUCGCGGUCUUCGGCGUCAUGCUGCACCUGUACGUGCGCAUCUGCCAGGUGGUCUGGCGGCACGCACACCAGAUCGCGCUGCAGCAGCACUGCCUGGCGCCUCCCCACCUUGCUGCCACCAGAAAAGGUGUGGGUACGCUGGCAGUGGUGCUGGGCACUUUCGGUGCCAGCUGGCUGCCCUUUGCCAUCUACUGCGUGGUAGGUAGCCACGAAGACCCAGAUGUCUACACCUACGCCACCCUGCUGCCCGCCACCUACAACUCUAUGAUCAAUCCUAUCAUCUAUGCCUUCCGCAACCAGGAGAUCCAACGCGCUCUGUGGCUCCUGUUUUGUGGCUGUUUCCAGUCCAAAGUGCCCUUCCGCUCCAGGUCCCCCAGUGAAGUCUGA